AUGGAAGGCCGGUACCGCGUACAGCAGAACGAUCUGCUCCUCCACGAGGCAGUCAUCAAGAACGAGACGGCAGCGGUGCGCGAGGCGCUGCAACGACAACCUGACGUCAACUGUAGGAAUAACUAUGGCAGAGCGCCGAUUCACUGGGCGGCAAGCAGAGGCAAUGUGGAGAUAAUAAAUCUACUUAUUGACGCCAAAUGUGAUAUUGAAGCUGUUGAUAAGUUUGGAAUGCGUCCUCUUUUGAUGGCUGCAUGGCACGGCCACCUGGACGCGGUGAAGACUCUGGUCCAGGCCGGCGCUUGUCUUGCUGCUACCAACAAGAAACACAACGAUCUCCUGCAGUGCGCGUGCGUACGGGGGGCGGUAGAUGUCGCUGCGUAUGCGCUGUCUCUGGGCGCGCGGGUGCAGGGCUCAGACGCGGCGGGUGACGCGCCCCUCGCGCUGGCCGCACGCGCCGGCCAUACUGCUGUAGUAGAAAUGCUGCUAGAGAACGGAGCUGAUAUUGAUGCGGUUAAUAAGAAUGGUCGCACGGCGCUCCACGUGGCGUGCGAGGGUGACCACUGCGCGGCUGCUGCGCUCUUGGUAUCGCGUGGCGCGGCGCGCGAGGCGCGGGACCGUGCCGGCCGCACGCCGCUACACGUCGCCGCUGCGCAUCGCCACACAGACCUCGUGCGCGCGCUACUCGACGCGCACUGCACCGUCGACGCCACGGACAAUAACGGUGUGACUGCACUACAAAUGGCGUGCGCACAGGGCUGCAGAGGUAUUGUGGAACACUUGCUCGAGUACGGUGCCGACGUCCAUUUGCAAAAUAAUGUUGGGUCGUCAGCCUUGCACGCGGCGUGUGCAGCCGACGCGGCCGACAUCGUCGAGUUGCUGUUGGCACAUGGUGCUGACCCCGCCUUGACUGAUAAGGUAACCUAG